ACAAGUGGCAUUUCGGACCCCGUACUGGCCGAGAGUUCGUAAUGGGUUCGAAAUCACGACAUCGGUCCCGCUCAAAGUCCAGAAACCGGAGCCGUGACCGGCGGAACAAGUCCAGAAUGAGUAGUUCUAGAUCUCCGGAGGACAGGAGAGCUCGCAGCCGGUCUGCGGACGUGAAAAGAGCCCCGCGUGGACGGGAACGUUCGAGCAGCGGGGACUCCAGCGAUGGCUCUCCUGGCAGACGGAGGCCUCAGCGCAGGGACCGUCCAGGUUCGAGGAGCGACUCGGACAGUGACAGGAUGCGGGGACCACAUCGGACCAGGAGCCAGUCCAGAGGUCGAUCGUCAAGCUCUGAUUCAGAUGAUCUCAGAACUAGGAGGAAGAGACAGGAAAAGGAGACCCGCAGAGGGGCAUCUCAAGACAGGAGAAGGGGGAAAUCCGACUCCAGUGACAGAGCCAGCGACGGAGGAAGGAGGAGACGGAGAAGUCCAGCCAGAGACAGACCGAAGAGAGACAGAGAUAGAGAGAGGCGGAGGAGCAACAGCAGGGACCGGGAAAGAAAAGAAGAGAGAGACAAAGGCAGAGAGCAUCGGAAGAGGAGUGAAGACAGGGAGCGAGGGAGGAGUGGGAGAAGCAGAGAGAGGAUGUCCAAAGACCGAGGGAGGCGGCGCUCCAAUUCUUCAGAUUCAUCUGAAAGCUCUGGAUCUGAUCGUGAGGGGCGUGGGGCUAAAGAAAAGGAGGAGAAGAAAAAACAGAGAGACAUGAUGAAAGCUCUUGAAACACCUGAGGAGAAGAGGGCUAGGAGGCUGGCAAAGAAGGAAGCAAAGGAGAAGAAGAGGAGAGAGAAGAUGGGCUGGAGCGAGGAGUAUAUGGGAUACACCAAUGCCGACAAUCCCUUUGGGGAUAAUAACUUAUUAGGCACAUUCAAAUGGCAGAAGGCUCUGGAUAAAAAAGGAAUUGGUCAUCUAAGUGAAAAGGAUCUUAAAGAAAGGAACAAAUGUAUUCAAGAGGAGAACCGCAGAGAGCUGCAGAAGGUGAAACAGCUGCGUCUAGAGAGGGAGCGAGAAAAGGCCAUGAGAGAGACGGAGCUGGAGAUGCUGCAGAGAGAGAAGGAGGCAGAGCACUUCAAAACCUGGGCUGAACAGGAAGACAACUUCCACCUGCAACAGGCCAAACUACGGUCUAAGAUUAGAAUCAGAGAUGGCCGUGCCAAGCCCAUUGACCUUUUGGCAAAGUACAUCAGCGCAGAAGAUGAUGACCUUGCUGUUGAGAUGCACGAGCCAUACACCUUUCUCAAUGGGCUCACAGUCACUGACAUGGAUGACUUGCUGGAAGACAUAAAGGUUUACAUGGAGCUGGAACAGGGGAAGAACGUGGACUUCUGGAGAGACAUGACGACCAUCACUGAGGACGAGAUCAGCAAACUGAGAAAACUGGAGGCUUCUGGGAAAGGACCAGGUGAUCGUCGUGAGGGCAUCAACACUGCUGUGAGCACUGAUGUACAGAUGGUGUUCAAAGGAAAGACAUACAGCCAGCUGCAGGCGCUGCACCUGAAUAUCGAGUCAAAGAUUCGAGCUGGAGGAUCCAACCUGGAUAUCGGUUAUUGGGAGAGUCUGCUGCAGCAAGUCAGAGUCUACAUGGCUAGAGCAAGGCUGAGAGAGCGACACCAGGAUGUGCUGCGCCAGAAGCUCUUCAAGCUGAAACAGGAACAAGGAGUGGAAAGUGAACCUUUGUUCCCUAUCAUCAAAGAAGAGCAGAGGAGUGAUAGAGAAGAGGAGAGAGAGGAGCAGACCAGGGUGGUAGUAAAAGAAGAGAGCGACCAGUCUUCAUCCUCCACUACACACAGGAACAGAGGAAUUGAAGAAGACGAAGAGGCGGAAGAAGGCCCAUCUACUUCCACAGCUAGAGACAAGGAUGAAGAGGAGGAGGAAGGAGAAAAAGACAAGAAAGACGAGGAGAAAGGGGAGGUGGUGGAGGCUGUGUUGACCGAGGAGGACCUGAUCCAGCAGAGCCAGGCAGAGUACGACUCGGGCCGAUACAGUCCCACACUGCUGAUGCAGUCAGAGCUUCCGCUGGACACACACACCAUCACACCAGAGGAGGACACGCACAGGCUGCAGUUAGCACGCAGACAGCUACAGGUCACAGGCGAUGCCAACGAGAGUGCUGAGGACGCCUUUGUUCGUCGUGCUAGAGAAGGCAUGGGCAAUGACGAGGCCCAAUUCAGCGUGGAAUUCCCUGUCACGGGUAAAAUGUACUUAUGGGCCGAUAAAUACCGCCCUAGGAAACCCCGCUUCUUCAACAGGGUCCACACAGGCUUCGAAUGGAACAAAUACAACCAGACACAUUACGACUUUGACAACCCUCCACCCAAGAUUGUCCAGGGUUAUAAGUUCAACAUCUUCUACCCGGACCUGAUCGAUAAGCGUUCAACCCCACAAUACUUCCUAGAGCCCAGUCCUGACAACAAGGACUUUGGGAUUUUGAGGUUCCAUGCAGGUCCUCCAUAUGAGGACAUCGCUUUUAAGAUUGUAAACAGAGAGUGGGAGUACUCGCAUAGACACGGUUUCAGAUGUCAGUUUGCUAACGGGAUCUUCCAGCUGUGGUUCCACUUUAAGAGAUACCGCUACAGGAGAUAGAGCCCAUAUACCAAAUGGACCAAGAGCUCAGUCACUGUAUAUUAUGAGCUGCACAGUGUGCUUUUUUGUUUUAGCUGCUCUUACCCCUGAUCUGUAGUCAGAAAAAGUCAAUUGUAAAGUUGUCUGAAAAUUCCAAAUUAAAGUU